GGAGCUGUGAAGCGGCACCCUGAGGGCGCUGGUUUUGAACGGCUCGUGUUCCGUGUGCGCUUUCUCUUAGUGGUUACAGUUGGCGCUCUCUCCGCUUUCCUGUUGCCUGGCGGGCGUGUUGGCCAAAACACUCUCCCUGCCACCUUAUUCCUCUAGGGUUGUGAUUUUUUUCUUUCAUCAAGAAAUAUCACUUGCUGGUAAUUUGUCAAACUGAAGAAACCCCUGAAGAAGCAGUCGUGGGCAGGCGCCGACGGUGCGGCUUCCAGAGCAUUUUGGCAAAUCAAAGCCAGGGACCGUUGCUGGGCCUUAUUUCCGCAACUUUUCGGCUCCGAACUGCUUCUUUGACUUAGAAGGAUAUCUUAUCCUGCCAUAGUAAUGGCAGCCGAACUGCGAAUGGUACUUUAUGAAGAUGAUUCAGUAGAAGUACAAUAUGUUGAUGGUUCCACAUUGCAACUUUCUCCCUGUGGCUCUGAAUUUUUAUUUGAAAAGUCACCACCUGUUUCAGCACAUCCUUUAGAACAACCAGAAAGAAUUCAUCAAAGGACACAUUUUGUCAUUAGCACUUACAGAGAGCAACUACAGCGAGCCCUAGAUUUUCGAAACUCUUCAGCUACUUGCCCUUUUUUAUCUGAAACCAUCAUACCAUCUGAAAGAAAAAAGCGUAUCUUCACUGACAUAACAGAAGUGAGAUGGCCUAGUCUUGAUACAGAUGGUACCAUGAUAUAUAUGGAGAGUGGCAUUGUGAAGAUAACAUCUUUAGAUGGUCAUGCAUACCUCUGCCUGCCCAGAUCUCAGCAUGAAUUUACAGUACAUUUUUUGUGUAAAGUUAGCCAGAAGUCAGACUCAUCUGCAGUGUUGUCAGAAACAAAUAAUAAAGCCCCAAAAGAUAAACUAGUUGAAAAAGCUGGCAAAAUCUGUAUACGUGGAAAUUUACCAGAACAGAGACUGAAGAAUAAAGAAAAUGAGUUUCAUUGCCAGAUCAUGAAAUCCAAAGAAACUUUAAAGAAGAUGAGUUGUGUAAAUGGAACUGAAGGGAGGGAAGAGCUGGCUUCGCCUGGUACAAAGCACACAUGCGUAUACACAUGGGUCAAGCAGUGCUGGUCUGUGGCCGCCUGUCCAGAGGAAUGGAAAUAUCCUUUGUCUUUAGCACUUCAUUUUCAUAAUAAAAUCAGCAAUAUGUCUAAAAUUGAUGCACAUAUAACUCAGAGUAGAUUUUUAACUUCUGAUAUUUCAGAGGAAAGAGGAAAAGUGGUUUCUGUUCUUCCCAGGGCCCUGUCACUCAACUGUCCAGUCCCACACCUACACAGGUUUCAGCUUAAACCUAACUUCUUUAGAGUGGUUUUCCUGAAGACCCUAAACAAGUGGAAUUUUUGUGAUUCACUUUUACAGAGACAAUCUGAUGAAUAUUCCUAUCCUGAACUAGUGAAAAUGGUUUGGUACAAAGGUGUUACAUAUAGACUUACCCAUCAAAAUAUGAACUCAAUAGAGAUUUAUUCUGGGGAUGGAUCUGUUUUCAAAUCAGAAGGGCCUUAUUUUGGGAACUAUUUUACUUAUUAUUCCAUUCAAGAAGGAUCAGAAGAGAGAGAAGAGAAAACUUACUCAGUAAAUAACCUUCCUCCAGAUAGACCAGGAAGUCCAUUCUCUGUUGGUUCUCUAAUUAAACAGGCAACAAGAAUUCUUCAACAUUGUGUGAAGAUGAGACUUUCUUUAAGCCAUAACUAUCGUAUAUGCUGCUGGAAAAUGGUACCUGGGAUAAAUGAUAGCAAUAUACUGCCUUUGGUUUUGAAAGAGUCACUCAUACCCAGCGUGGGAAGAUUUCUUGCCUACUCUGAUGACAAAGUACAUGCCGUCUUUUUAGAUGGCAUUACUCUAACCCUAAAUUGGAAUUUCAGCUCUCCUAUUGAGAAGAGACAGGUAAAUCAAGGUCUUAACUUAGGGUGGUGUAAGUUAACUUUUCCUGAUGGACAAGAUCAGUUAAUUCAAAUUGAACACCCUGAACCAUAUGAAAGAUAUGUGACAACAGUAACAUCAUGGUGCAGGAGACUGACCCAGACUAGUCCCAGAGAGAUGCCCACUCAUUUGUCAUCUUCUGUUCUCCAAGAAAAUUGGCUGGAGUACAAGGGAAAAAAGUACAAGCUGACAAGGAGGUGCAUGUGAUCUGUUGUAGUAAAGCCAAUAAAGCAGACAAGUCACACACCCUACUACGAACUGUGAAGAUUUUUCUAGUGACUUGAAUAUUUUAGACUAAUGUUUUCAUUAAUUUUGCAGAGAGCUAGUCAAGUUACAGUUUGCAGCUGUAUGCCAUUGCUCAUAUUUUAUUCUAACUUGAUAAGAAAAAGGAUAAAGAACACACACUUAGGGGUUCUGCUGGAGAUGUAUAUAUUAGCCCUCUACUCCAUACCAGUUGUCCCACUAUCUUUCUAUAGAACAUGGUAAGAGCUAAUGUUCAUCAUGUUAACCCUCUGUGCUUAAAAAAAACAAUGAAAUAAAUAGGUAGUCUAUUCCAGAAGGAAUUUAAUAAAAAAUAGUUGUUUUGACAUGUAAUUCAACUAUUUAAAAACUUCGAUCUCCCAUACCAUCCAUUCCCAAAGAGUUCCUUAUAAAUGAGGUCUUAAUAUAUGCACAAGUACAGAAAAAUAAAAAAUCCUUUCUUCUGAGAGAAACAAUCUAGGUAGGAAGAGCAGGAAGUUAAAUAUUAAAUAGUUCAAGAGAAGAUAUUACAAAUAAAUAUGUGAUUAAUUAAUAUGCUACAGGAAUUCAAGGAAGGAGAGAGCAGUUCUUUCACAGAAGGAAUGGGAUUUUAAUAGGUUUUUAAAGUUGGAAUAAACUUUAGGGAGGAAAGUAGAGUGUAUGCUAGGUUAGUACUAAGAAGUAACAGGAAGGCCCAUUAUCCUCAUACAUCAAUAUUUGAUUACAAAUUCCUUGAAGUGGAUUUACAAGGGGUAGACUUUUAUUCACUUACCUUUAAAGGCACUCAGUAAGUAUCAUUUCAGUCAAGUUGAUUUGUUGCUAAAUAAAGGUAACAUAAAGAGAAUUCUUCUGCGUUCUUCCGUUUAAAAUUCUAACCUUUAUGAAAAAAAAAAGGUAUGCUUAUUUGAAAUAUCAUGAAUACAAAAGAAUCAGACAACUGAAUGAAUGUUUU